AUGUGCCUUUACUUCCUGAUAGUGGCCAUCGCCCAUCUCUCUGUGAGCGGCAGUAGUCACAGCAGCAGUAACAGCAGGAGUAUCAGCAGCAGCAGUAUCAUGUCUGAGUGGAAGCAGAGGUGCGCAGAGGAGUGGGGGCUGCAGAGCGCGUCUCUCCCCGACUCUGUGGACUGGAAAUCUGUGCAUGAAGCGCAGCCGUUCAACAGGAACUUACUGAAGAACCCGUCUCCAUACGGAUUAACAAAGGAUAGUCCACCACCAGAACCAGACCUGCCUGAAGAACCUGACCAUGGGCCACCACGCUUUAUCCCUGAAGGUGACUUUAGCGGCUGGACCACCACCUCAGAGACCCUUCCUUAUGAUACAAGUGGCAUCCCAGCAGGAGCUGUGAUCUGUCAACUUCCUCAGGCAAGCUGGUUCACAAUGGAGCAGCUGGUGGACCUGAAGGCUGAAGGACUGUGGGACCAACUCCUCGACGACUUUCAACCCGAGAUCAGGAUUCAAGACUGGUACGAGGAGAGCCAGCUUCAUGACUACAUUUAUCAGCUUCAUGUGAAGUUACUGGGGGCAGACAAAACCACCGUGAUCGCAGAGCACACCGUGACCCCCACUGAGAACCGCGAGGUCUACUCACACAACUGGAAAGAGGUGUCCCAUGUGUUCACCGGCUAUGGCCCCGGUGUGAGGUACGUCCACUUCCAGCAUCGGCUGAAGAACCAGUUUCUCAAUGGAUUCUGGAACACGAUGUUCACCGGGAGCUCUGUGACCAUCAGUCCAAAGAAAUGA